UGGGUCUGGGGUGCGCCCAGAUCGAAAAUCGAAUGACAUACAGAUAGAAGAACGGCAGCGAGGGUUCUUUCGCGGGGUGCGCGUUCGUGUGUCGCGACUGUGAACUAGAUGAAGGGACUCGGACGGAAGGACAACAUUGAUGGCAUGGAGCAUGCGCGCUGCUGCAGGGGAACGAGAGGACGUAAAUACCACGCAUGAAGCGGCGCGGUGACGGGGGAGGAGGAUGGGGGGAUGGCAACGACAACCAUGGAGGCAGAGGAGGGAGGAGUACGACGAUGCGAAGGGAACGCACAUCUGACAGCGGAGGGAGGACGGGGGAUAGAUGGCGACAAUCGAGGUAGGAGGAUGGAGAAUGAAGGCAGAGGAGGGAGGAUGAUGGAAUUGGCAAUGGGGUUAGGAGGAGAAGAGGGUGACGGUAUGACUGAUAGAGUGACCCUCACACAUGAGGACUACGAUAAUGGAUGGGGACAGAGCUAGGACGAGGGCGAGCGAAGGAGCGACCGUGGAGGCAGGAGGAAGGUGAUUGAAGGCAGACGAGGGAGGAGAACUAGGACGAAGAUUGGCAGGGGUAAUGGAGGUUGGAGGAGGGAGGGUGAUGGUGCGUCUCUGAUAGAGUGGCCUUCACACAUGACUGCGAUGAUGAAUGGGGGAGGGAGGAUGACGGAUCGAACCGUGAUAUAGAUGUACUUUUGCAAAUCAGCUCUUCACGGUUAAUGAUGAAUGUGGGAGGGAGGAUGACGGAUCGAACCGUGAUAUAGAUGGACUUUUGCAAAUCAGCUCUUCACGGUUAAUAGCUGAACAGAACGUGUGGUGGAGGCCGGACGGGGAUCGUUCGAGGUGUGAUCGUUCAAGUUGCCGGACUUGGCAUUUAAGGGUUGAGGCAUGAACACAGAUCUGAUGUCUGUGUGCACGGUCCUUGACUUUCUGACAGUGUUAUGCGGAGCUUUCUAAUGCUUAAAUGCCACAUUCCUAAAAGCAAGAACGUUUGUGCAUAUCAACGGAUACAAACGCACACACACACACACACACACACACACACAGAGGCGGCGAAGGAAGAGCAGGGGGACGAGGUGAUUUCCAAUGCUUCAAUGCCUCUUUCCAAAAAGCAAGAACGUUUGUGCAUAUCGACGGAUUACAAACACACAGACGCACAAACACACACACAACACACACGGAGAGAGAGAGAGAGAGAGAGAGAGAGAGAGCGCAGGCAGAGCAGGACGAGCUGAUUGGGGUGGACGAAGACAAGGUGUUUCCAGCAAGCGAAGCCAACGGGUCAUUCGACUUGUUCGAUCCUGUUUUUCAGAUUGUACGUCUCUUGCAGGGUAUCCUCUCUGGCUUUCGUUUUUUUCCAAAUCUAUAGUAUAUGCUGUUCCUUCGAGGGGACGCGAAGGGAUUUUUUAAUGGAUGGUGCAAUGAAGGGUAGGCGGUUGUAUAUGAAUGUGAAUUUUCAUAUAUGGAUGUCGAUUACGAAACUCUAUCGAAAGUACUCGAAAGAACGAAAAUGGGUCUCGGGCACUUCGUCCACGCAUGAACAGUUGAAAUACAGACGUAAGUGCUAAUAAUAAUCCAGAUGGACCAAGAUGAACGAAAUCAUUAAUCUUUCCUGAAGGAGAAAAAGAAGACAUAUCGAGGGGGGGAGGUUGCAUUGUGGCAGGAGGUCCAAGACCGCAAAUUUGGACGUAUCGAGGGGCUACGAAACGAGGGUGCAAGCAUCGAGGGGCUACAAAACGAAGGUGUGCAAGGAUCGAGGGGCUACAGAAUGAGGGUGCAAGGAGGACAGGGGCUAGGUGAGGACGUAUAAGCCGGGUAGGGAGGGCAGAGGAGGAGAGACAGCCGAGCACGGCUAGUCUGGCGCCCAGGUACAGGGUUGAAGAGGUUUCUCCCUUUGCGUUCAUUACAUCUGCUCCGUCGAUCACACCUGACAAUCAGUGCUGGAAGGCUUCCGAACACUCCUAGAUCACUGUCAGAUGUGUUAUCUACAGCGGCGCUGAACCCGUUUUGCAGCAGGUGCAGAUCCCAAUCCAUGGAUCUGAGGUAACCAGACGGCUGCUGGGUGGGGGGUUUGCUCUUUCCACCCUCCUCCCCAUCAGUAAGUCGGGUCUUUGGCACUGCUGUUUGCUAAAAAAAAACAAAGUUAGGCAGGAGAAUGGCGAUGUGCUCAGAAGUGGCUGACAGAAUUUGGCCCGGUUCUCGUGAAUAUACUCUUCUCCGUCGGCUUUCUCCGCAGAGGAGUUGUAAGCAACAACACGGUGUACUCGUUGUCAAGAUGGGAGCACAUGCGUCCUGUUAGUAUGCACUCAGACUACCUUCGUACCCCCGAAUAGAACGCACGGUCGUUGUAGAUUUCGAUUGAAAGAUGCUUAAAAUCCCCACGUG